CUUUUGAAUAUUUCUCUAUCUUAUAUAAAUACAAUGGCAAACACACAAUCUAAAAUCGAUUCAUUAGAAGAACAGAAUUCUAAGCUCGUAGCCGAAAUUAGUGAACUUAGAAAAAAAUAUACCAAGGUCGAGGCUGAGAAUGUGAAGCUAAGACAUAUUACAGAAGAAAGUACUGGGCUUAAAACCAGGUUUGAAAAGCUAGAAAAGAAAAAUAAAACAGAUACUGCCAUCCUUAUUGCUGAAAAUAUUGAGCUUAAAAACAGAGUUACCAAAUUAGAACAAAAACGGAUCCAGGUUAUCACCAAUGAAUCUUCCACAAAAGAUAUUUUGCCACCUUCAAAAAGCUCAGAAUCUGCAUCAUCUAUCUGCACAGAAACUAAAUUAUUAGAGGAUAGGAAAAAGAUUAGUAACGAAAUAAGAGAAAGAAAUCGGGAAAAUAGGUUCAGAUCUCAAGACCCUUUAUCAUAUGAUAAAGAUAUUUCGCAAUCUAAUAAAAACAAAGUACAGAAAUUUAUGUCGGAAGUUUCUGGAAGCUCUAGUUCACAAUUAAAUAGGGACGCUCUUAUUCAAAGACGUAAUGAAAUAGCAUCGGAACAACAAGUUGAUCUAGAAUCUAAUAUUGUUAGUAGAAUUUUAAAUAAAGAAGUAAAAGCACAGCUACCUGCAGACACUUCUGAUAGCCUUUUAC